CUGAUUACAGGGAUUUUCCCGCAGGCAGCCACAAGGUCUGGUUCAUCCCAAAGGGUCGACAGGGAUGGGGUUUGAGGUCAGGACUCUGUGCAGGCCAGUAUAGUUCUUGCACACCAAACUUUCUGUCUGGAUCUGGCUUUGUGGAUGUAAAGGGUCUUCCGCUGUGGAACUGGGUGUCAGCAUACUUUGAGGCGCAUUGUAUGGGAAACUGCAAAUACAAAGACACUGAUCAGAUCUGAGCUAAUCUGUUUUACAGCUUUAAAUCUUGCUAAAUGUAUUAAUUCCUGAUUGCUAUUUUAUCUCGAAUUGUCUGCUAUUGAGGAAACAUGUCAAAUGUGUGAGAAGGAUGGAGUUACUGCUGCUUGUUCAUGCCCUCUCUGGUAAGUUUCAGGUGUGUGGUCAGAAGUGUGCUCUGCUGCACCUGUAAUCACACCUGACAGUGAUGUCACAGGCUCCUGUGGCACACCUGUACAUCACAGCGGCAAGGAGAGCUGUGUCAUUAUCAGCAGAGUGGAUUAACUCUCCUGCAUGGGAACAGUCCACCUGUCUGCUCAUGAUAUUAAGAGACCGGAGGAACUGAGGCCUGACACACUCGUGGCUCCUGAACGCUCCGGACAUACAGGCGAGAUGAAAGGCCUCUGGUUGGUGUUUGUGCUUGUGGCUGCGGCUCAGGCCGCGAGGGUUUUCACUGGUGAUCAGGUCAUCAGGGUCAAUGUGCAGUCUGAGGAAGAGAUCCAACUCCUGCAGGCUCUGGAAAGCCAACAGGAGUGGGAGCUGGACUUCUGGCUGCACCCAGUCUCCACUGAGCUUCCUGUCGACAUCCGUGUGCCCCGCUCCAGUUUGAGCUCUGUGAAAGAGUACCUCCAUGCCCACAACAUCCCCUUCACUGUCAUGAUUGACAACCUUCAGGAGGUUCUCGAUGCAGAGAAAGCUGAGAUGUCAGAGAACCAGAUGAAGGAGCGCAGCACCAGGAGCUUCAACUUUGGAGCCUAUCAUCGUCUGGAGACAAUCUACAGCUGGAUGGACACCCUGGUGGCUCAGCACCCUAACCUGGUCACCAAGCAGGAAAUUGGGAAAUCCUACGAGAACAGGCCAAUGUAUGUGCUCAAGUUCAGCACUGGCGGCAACAAGCGUCCUGCCAUCUGGAUCGACACAGGAAUCCACUCCAGGGAAUGGGUGUCUCAGGCUACUGGAGUGUGGACGGCCAACAAGAUUGCCACUGAUUACGGCAGAGAUUCUUCCCUGACCUCCCUCCUGAACACCAUGGACAUUUACAUGCUGCUCCUGGCCAACCCUGACGGUUAUGCUUACACCCACACCAACGACCGUAUGUGGCGUAAGACUCGCUCCAAGAUCUCAGGCUCUGUGUGCCGUGGAGUCGAUCCCAACAGGAACUGGGACGCUGGCUUUGGCGGUCCCGGUGCCAGCAAGAAUCCCUGCUCUGAUUCCUACCACGGCCCCUCUGCCCAUUCUGAGAUCGAAGUGAAGAAUGUGGUGAACCUGAUCAAGAGCCACGGCAACUUCAAGUCCUUCAUCUCUGUCCACGCCUACUCCCAGCUGCUCAUGUACCCCUACGGCUAUUCCUGCAGAAACGUGCCCCAUCAGCCUGAGCUGGACUCUGUCGGCAGAGCUGCAGUGCAGAAACUCACCUCUCUCUACGGCACCAGGUACAAGGUUGGAAGCAUUUGCAACAUCAUCUAUCAAGCUAGUGGCGGCAGCAUUGACUGGUCCUACAAUGUGGGCAUCAAAUACUCCUUUGCCUUUGAGCUGAGGGACACCGGUCGCUAUGGUUUCAUCCUGCCAGCCAAUCAGAUCAUCCCCACUGCCUCCGAGACCUGGCUGGCCCUGAAACACAUUAUGGAGUACGUCCGUGACCAUCCUUAUUGAUGGCUACAACCAUGGAUGGAGGCUAAACUAUAAAUGAUUAAGUUGUCAGAUGUCUGACUUCUAUAUUGACCAAUAAAGUCACAAAUCCCCUGUUUUUCCCUGUUUCAGAACUUUUUUUUAUCUUUCUGUGUUCAUGUGUUUCACUCAUGGCUGACCUGCAUGGACCACAGGCACUUGAGUCUCACUUUUAAUUUAUUUACUUUUGUUGUUAUUACUUGGCACCCUUCACAGUCUUUCAUUUCUAACUAAUUACACCAUUAAAAUAUGUUA